CGGAAAUGGAACUACAAAAAACAGAAGCUGAACCGUCAAAACAUAAACAGAGCAGUCAACCUUGUUUGAACGCAGCAAGAGCCUGUUUAUAUAGUCUGUCUUUUACCAAAAAGCUUUAUGCACGCAUUCCUAAUGUCGUGUGUUUUCCGUCAGAGAAUUCUUAGUCGAGGCACUUAGCUCAAUUGCUAAGUUGUGAGGAGGGGAAAAUCAAUCUGCAGUAAAGAUUAGGACUAAACUAAGAAGUACGCCUCGUCGGGCCUUCGAGUAGAGGUUCUCCCUCUGGUCGACGUAGGACAAAAGAGACAGAAUGGCAGAGGCUGACAGCAAAUCCACAGUGCUUAACGGUGGGUCUGAAGAAAAAGAACCAGGAGAAGAUCAACACAAGGAAGGAGAUGCCUCUGGAAGCAAAGAGGGUCAAACACAGUCUUCCCAGGAUGGUCCCAAAGAAACAAGAGAGGCGUCUGGAGACAAGCCUAUGCCAGAUGUGGAAGGAGAGACAGGAGCAAACCAAGAGGGAGAGGAGGAAGAGGACACGGACAGCAUGGAUGGCAGCGGCCUCUACUCCCUGACUGAAGAUGGAGAAAGAGAGAGUGAGGGAGGCAGACGAGAGAGGGCAAAGGAAAAAGAUGGUGGGAAAAGGGCAGCUAGAAAGAGAAACAGACCCGGCGGUGGCAACAACCACUCCUCCAGCUCUGAUGAGGAUGAGGAUGAGGAGGAGGACGAAGAACAGAAAGAUGAGGAAGAUGACGAUGAGGCUAUGGAGGCAUGGCUGGGAGCAGAGCUCCGUGAUCUGCGUGGGCCCAUAUGGCGGGCAGUACCCUCGCUGCGCUCCAGAGAGAUCGGAAGGGACUCACACCAGUUUGUGAGGCGUGUGUGUGGAGCCCGCGGACUCGUGCAGAGGCUGGAGCUCCAGGGCCGACUGGAGAGGCACACGGGCUGCGUCAACACAUUGCACUUCAACCCCUCAGGCACACGCCUGGCAUCAGGCAGCGAUGACCUGCGAGUGGUGAUCUGGGACUGGGCCAUCCGUCGUGCUGAGCUGGAGUUUGAUAGCGGCCACAAGAGCAAUGUCUUUCAGGCAAAGUUCCUGCCUCACAGCGGAGACUCCACCUUGGCCAUGUGUGCUAGAGAUGGUCAGAUCAGAGUGGCUGAGCUCUCUGCCACCCAGCGCUGCAAGAACACCAAGCGGGUAGCACAGCACAAAGGGGCAGCACAUAAGCUGGCCCUCGAGCCAGAUUCCCCCUGCUCCUUUCUGUCUGCUGGAGAGGAUGCUGUUGUGUUUGGUAUUGACCUGCGUCUAGAUCGUCCCGCCAAUAAGCUGGUGGUUGUAAAGGAGGGUGACAAAAAAGUGGGGCUGUACACCAUCUUUGUCAACCCAGCAAAGACACACCACUUUGCUGUGGGCGGGAGAGAUCAGUAUGUGAGGAUCUAUGACCAGAGGAAGAUUAAUGAGAACGAUAAUAACGGUGUACUGAAAAAGUUUUGUCCUUCACAUCUGGUAUCCAGCGAGUCCAAAACCAACAUAACCUGCCUCGUGUACAGCCACGAUGGCACAGAGCUCCUGGCCAGCUACAACGACGAGGACAUCUACCUGUUUGACUCCAACCACAGUGACGGGGCAGACUAUCGCAGGAGAUAUAAGGGACACCGCAAUAAUGCCACAGUGAAGGGUGUGAACUUCUACGGGCCCUGCAGUGAGUUUGUGGUCAGUGGCAGUGACUGUGGACACAUUUACUUGUGGGACAAGUACUCUGCUCGCAUCGUCCAGUUUAUGGAGGGAGACAGAGGAGGAGUGGUGAACUGUUUGGAGCCACAUCCUCAUCUGCCAGGAAUGGCCACCAGUGGCCUGGAUCAUGAUAUCAAGCUGUGGGCCCCCACUGCCGAGACCCCCACAGGACUCAAGGGCUUAAAAGAGGUGAUGAAGAAAAACAAGCGGGAGCGCGAUGAGGACAGCAUGCGGCACGGCGACCAGUACGACACCCAGCUGUUGUGGUUCCUGAUGAGACACAUGAGAAACAGACGGCCCCCGAGGGCCCGCCGUGAGGGUGCAGACGCAGACACGGAUGAGUCCUGGAGCUCUCCAGAUUCCUCUGAUGAAGAGGAAGGAGGUCCAGACCAUGUCCAGUGCAUGUCCUCCUGAGCCACACACAUACAUACAUACACACACACACACACACACACACAUAUACAUGCAUACAUACAUAUACACACACACUUUAUUGCCCUUGAAUUGAUGCACAUAGGCAAGCACUAUUGACACACUGGCACAAUCAAACACUGAUGAGCCACAGACUUGUUUUUUUUUUUCUUUUUUUUUUUGGUUUAUUUUUACACACACAUACUCACACAUAUAAACACAUACAUUUACUUAAACAUACUGUUGAGGCAGAGUGACAAGAGAUGCUUAACGCCUGGUUUCCCAGCAGUUACAAGUGUGAAAAGGCAGACUACAGAGUGCAUACACGCUUCCAGAAUCCUGAUUUUUUUUUUUUUGACAGUUGUAUGAAGAGGUCUAGUGAGUGCUUACAUCCCUAUAAAUAACUUGGAGGCCCCCUGUGUGUCCAUACAUUAUCUAUUUGCUCUACCUAGCCCCGGAAAGAUGUACUGUGCGUGUAUGGCAACAAGCACCUCCACUUUUACGCACCCUGUAGUAAGCUAUACAUCACCAGCACACAAUCUGUCCCCCUCUCUCUUAGUAACACACCUCUUGCUCUCCACCUCGACCUUUCUGUGCUGAAGAAGAGGGGUUCCGCAGGGAGGAAGGGCCUAGAAUCGCAACCCUCAAACCAUCCCCGAAAUGUGACUUCCUUUAAGAUUUGAACUUUGAGAGGGAAACUCCCCCCCCAGUGGCCCUCACCGCAUCACCCCCCAGUCUCUCAUACUGAUUUCUGGCCCUGAAGCUUGAGCAGCUAGUCGCAUUUAUCACACGUUUGCUCUCCGAGGACUACUAAAUCUCUACAUGCUGCACCACCCUACAUGCUGCCCUCAGCUACUCCCUCCCCUCCUCUUUUCCAUCACCCUCCCCUCACUACUGGGUGCACUUUGAAUCAGGGAUGCUUUAGUUUGAGACACAGACAAAAACGUGCACUAAGUAUGUGAUUUUCAGGGGGGAAGGGCCGUUGUCUUGUACGAUGCUUGUAUCUCUCAUUGGAAAAAUCCACAGUGAAAUUUAGUUGAUUUUUUCUUUUGUUGUUGUUGUUUUGAGUGGGGGGAUAUUUUUUGCACUUGAGCGUUUCUUGACUGAACUCCAGCCAAAAGGAAGGAGGUUUCUUUUGCUUCCACCAGCCUUUUCCUCCUCCUUCCAUCCUGGCAUCUGUCUUUGACAGGAAAUCUCCAGUUCACCUCUUUCAGUGAACAUAAAAAUGCAGAGAUAGCAGGUGUUCAGCAUGUGCAUAGGAUAUAAGGACUGAUUAUGGGCUCUGGUGGGGGACUGUGUGAUUUUUUUUUUUUUUAGAGCCAGAACCGACCUGGAUCAAAUUGCAAUUGAAACGCUGCCCAUGAGCCAAUUGAGAUAGGAGUGAUAAAGGGCUGCAGUUGUUUUUGUGGUUCCUUAAGCGUCUCAAAUCAAUUGCUUAAUUAUAUUUUUCAGAUAAAACGUUUGAACCAGGUCGGCCAGCACACCGCUCAUGAGGAAUCCUCUGUCUGUGCUGUUUUAACAUUGGCUCAAAGAGGAGGACAGGGGGGCAUCGGGGUCAAUUAUGCUUGCCAGUCAUUUGUUGUGUGAGAGCGAUAAAGUCCAGCUUUUCUCAUUUUCUAUGAGAACUCUAGUUAGUAGAAUUUAUAUGUACAUAUAUAAAUAUAUAUUAAAACUGUAAAAAAAAAAAAAAAAAUCAACUUUAGCAAAUGCUGUUUGACUUUAAAAAAAAAGAUGUCAAAACAUUUGAUUGGUAUUGAUGCAGAGGUUUAUAUUCUAUAUGAGGACAAAGUACUUUUGAAAUUCAGAGCAAAAAAGUUGACUUGAGGCACCAUUUGUGUUCAGUUUUUCCUUUACGAAUGACAUCCCUCUGUUAUGAACAGAACCGCUGUCAUUUCAAGUAUUGAAGUUUUGAAUCUCUUUCUUGUUCAAGAAAAAAAAAUCAGUAUUUCCUUUAUAGAUCUUGAUCCAUCAUUUGAAACAGUUGAAUCCAGAUUUUCCCACUGGCUAUUUUUGGCAUCUUGUAUACAUAAUAAGGCUUUUGAUGAACAAUUUUUUUCCACCACUGCCUAAAAUUGCGUUCUACCAGUUCAGUUGGAAAUAUGUACAAUUCGUGCAAUAAACAAAAAAGACAGUG